AUGUCUGGUCGUGGCAAGCAAGGAGGCAAGGCCCGCGCCAAGGCCAAGUCGCGCUCCUCCCGCGCUGGCCUCCAGUUCCCGGUAGGGCGAGUGCACCGCUUGCUGCGCAAAGGCAACUACGCGGAGCGGGUGGGGGCCGGCGCGCCCGUCUACAUGGCGGCGGUCCUCGAGUACCUGACCGCCGAGAUCCUUGAGCUGGCGGGUAACGCGGCUCGGGACAACAAGAAGACGCGCAUCAUCCCUCGUCACCUCCAGCUGGCCAUUCGCAACGACGAGGAACUGAACAAGCUGCUGGGCAAAGUCACCAUCGCCCAGGGCGGCGUUUUGCCUAACAUCCAGGCCGUUCUGUUACCAAAGAAAACCGAAAGCCACAAAGCCAAAAGCAAAUAA